AUGAGCAACACCGAUUUCCUCGGCCGAGCGAUUGACACGGUCAAGAAGGCCAUUGAGAGCGACAAUGAGGGCGAGUACGAGAAAGCUUAUCAGCAAUAUUACUCAGCAUUAGAGCUGUUCAUGCUGGCUCUGAAAUGGGAGAAGAACCCCAAGUCCAAGGAGAUGAUCCGCGCAAAGGCAGGCGAGUACAUGGACCGCGCGGAGAAGUUGAAGAAUCAUCUGGCAUCGCAGGACAGUCGGAAAAAGCCGAGCGCGGUAGGCGCCAACGGCAAGGUGUCGCAGGGCAGUGGGAAAGGCGGGAAAGAAGACGACGACAACGAGGACGCCGAUUCCAAGAAGCUACGGUCUGCCCUUGCUGGCGCCAUCUUGUCGGAGAAGCCGAAUGUGAAAUGGGAGGACGUCGCGGGCCUCGAGGGUGCAAAGGAAGCGCUGAAGGAGGCGGUUAUUCUUCCUAUAAAAUUCCCACAUCUAUUCACAGGGCGGCGACAACCGUGGAAGGGUAUUUUACUAUAUGGGCCUCCGGGUACAGGAAAGUCCUACCUUGCCAAGGCUGUCGCGACGGAGGCAAACAGCACAUUCUUCAGUGUCAGCAGUAGUGAUCUGGUUUCGAAAUGGAUGGGUGAGAGUGAGAGGCUUGUGAAACAACUCUUCAACAUGGCCCGAGAGAACAAGCCUGCUAUCAUCUUCAUCGACGAAGUCGAUGCGCUCUGCGGUGCGCGUGGGGAGAACGACUCGGAGGCGUCUCGCCGUAUCAAGACUGAACUGCUCGUCCAAAUGGACGGAGUAGGCAACGACUCCAAGGGUGUCCUCAUCCUAGGCGCAACAAAUAUCCCCUGGCAGCUAGACGCCGCCAUUCGCCGAAGAUUCCAACGACGAGUGCACAUCAGUCUUCCGGAUAUCAACGCGCGCAUGAAGAUGUUCAUGCUAGCUGUAGGCUCAACCCCGUGUCACAUGACACAGGCCGACUACCGGUCCCUAGCAGAGCAAAGCGAAGGCUACUCCGGUAGCGAUAUCAGUAUUGCCGUGCAAGAUGCGCUUAUGCAACCCAUCCGUAAAAUUCAAACUGCCACACACUACAAGAAGGUCCUACAUGAAGGGCAAGAAAAGUUAACGCCAUGCUCCCCUGGCGACAGUGGCGCCAUGGAGAUGCGGUGGGAGAACAUUGAGGCCGAUCAAUUAUUAGAGCCUCCUCUCGUGCUCAAGGACUUCAUCAAGGCCAUCCGCAACUCGCGGCCAACAGUCAGCCACGAGGACUUGAAGAGGAACACGGAAUGGACCCAAGAGUUCGGUAGUGAGGGUGCUUAA